AUGUCUGUCUCCCGUCUGGCAUCAAGGCUCUCAAGCCUCGGCUUAUACCCCGCCAACACCACCCAAUCGACCCUCCUCCUCCGUUCUUCAACAAACACCAUCGCUCGCACUUACUCCACUCCUGCAGCCACCUCCACCCCUUCCUCUAUUGAUCUCUCCAACCUUAACGACAACCCUGGAUCGAAAUCCCAGCGUCUCCGUGUCGGUCGUGGUCAGGGUUCAGGAAAGGGUCACACUGCCGCCCGCGGUCACAAGGGUCAGAAGGCCCGCUCCGGAAACGGCGGUCAGCCCAAGCCCGGCUUCGAGGGUGGUCAGACCCGUAUCAUCGACAGACUUCCUAAGCGCGGCUUCAAGAACCCUGAGCACAAGGAUUACCAGCCUUUGAACUUGGAUCGCCUUCAAUUCUGGAUCGAGUCAGGUCGUAUCGACGCUACACAGACCAUCACCAUGAAGCAGCUCCUUGACUCACGGUGCAUCCACAACGUCGAGGACGGCGUCAAGCUCUUGGGUGACGGCAAGGCUGACUUCAAGACCCCCAUCAACAUUGAGGUUUCGAGGGCCUCGAAAUCGGCCAUCAAGGCGGUCGAAGCCUGUGGCGGAAAGAUCACAAGCGUCUACUACAACAAGUUGGGUCUCCGCGUCCUCACAAAGCCCGAGAAAUUUGAGGAGAUCCCUCGUUUCGCUCGCCCCAUGAAGAAGAAGGACAUUGCCUUCUACUCGGACGAGGCAAAUCGCGGAUACUUGGCUGGCAAGACUGAAAUUGUUGGCAUGGAUCAUUAA